UUCUUAGUUUGGUUAUACCGUAUAUGGCAACAAGAUUGGUGAUGUGAGAAAACAGCUUAGUAUCUUGAUAGGUUGCGUUCGAUACACAUGUUUCAUUAAAUUAGGCAUCCGUUGAACUGACCACCGACUUGUUUAUGGUAACUUUAUAAAACAUGCAUUGUGCAUACAACAAUCAUCGACAACAUAUCUUGUUCCUCUGACCGGUGCGUCGAAUGAUAAAACCGCCGUUUAAAUUGUUUUAACGUUGUACAAUAUUUAAAUGCACCAUAUUGUUCUAUAAGUAUAUUUUAUUAAAUUAAUUAUUUUUUUAGUCGUGUUAUAAUAGAUUUGUUUAACAGAUUAUACUUACCUGCAAACAACACAUUGAGAAUAUAUUGAAUUUCUAAUUAUAUACAGCUUCAUUAUUUAUACCACAUAAAUUCCCACGUCAAUAAAUUUAACAGCAAAGAAAUGUCGGCUUCAUCUUACACGAAACAUCUUAUUAAACCUCGACGCUGGCCAGUAACUAUUGAGCCAAUGCUGUUCCUAUAUUUUUUAACGCACGUUUUAUCAAGCAUAGUAACCACCAAUAUGAUUUAUCGGAAAGGUUGUGAUCCGUUUGCUACUUCAGAACCAGACUUGCGUAACUACACAUGUUUGCGGGUGGAUAGUGCUCAACAGGACGUAGCCAUUAUCAAUUCUUGGAAGUUGGGCAUUCAAGAAUUUAUAGCUCUAGUGUUCAUCAUAUUUGCUGGCCCGUGGAGUGAUAACCACGGUUGUAGAAGGCGACCAUUAAUGUUUAUACCCGUGGUCGGCCAAAUCGUGGGCGACGCUGCGAAUUUGCUUUUCGCCGUGUAUUGGCAAGAAAUAUCGCCGGCUGUUACUGGGAUAACAUAUACAUUAUUGACGGCCGUCUCUGGUUCAACGUCAUGCUUUUUCAUUGGAAUGUAUUCUUAUCUAUCGGAUAUCACUGAUAACACUAAUAGGACUAUGCGACUAGGAUUCGCUGGAGCUAUAGUACCGUUUGCUUCGACUUUAGCUCCAAUAUUAUCUGGUUACUUAAAUGUGGCAAUUGGAUUUAAGAAUUUAUUCAUAUUGAAUGUCAUUCUUAACAUCAUUGGAUUGUUUUUAGGCAGCCUUCUGAUUUAUGAGUCAUCAGAAAAUAAAAGACAAAUCAAGUCGAAUUACAAAAAUACGUUCAGUCUAAAAGUCGUAAUGAAAAGUGUCGGAACUAUUUUUACCGAGAGAAAAAGUAACAAAAAACUUGUUCUCAUUUUGAUGAUCAUUACAUCACCACUAACAAUUGCUCCAUUUUUGGGUGAAAUGUCGUUAAUGUAUUUGUUUUUAUCAAAAAAAUUUAAUUUCAAUGAAGUUUCCUUUAGUUUGUUCUAUUCGUAUAAGAUGAGCAUAAUUGUACUUGGAACGUUAAUUUCUUUGGGACUCUUUAGUCGUCUUCUCCGCAUGAAUGAUGCCAUGAUUGCUGUAAUCGCUACGGUUUUUGAAAUAGUAGCGUCCACCGCCUUUUUGUUAGUUAAUCAAAACUGGCAGUUAAUGUAUAUACCAUUGUUGGAACUGUUCAGAGGUGCAUCAUUAGCUAUUACUGGUUCUAUUGCGUCGAAAUGUGUGGAAUCUCACGAAUUAGCUUCUGUAAACUCGAUCAAAUAUACUAGCGAUAGCUUAAUUAAAAUCAUAAUACUGCCAUUGUAUAAUAUUGUAUAUCACAACACAUUGGAUCAGUGGCCAAGUGCCUUCUUUCUUAUAAGCAUAGUGAUGAAUGUUCCUUGUCUGUUCCUGUUUUUGUAUACAUAUUUUUUGACCCGAAAAGUAGCAGAUCCAGCUCCUAGAGAAGAAGAAAUUCGUAAACUGAAUGAAUUAGAAGACAAGUAAAAAAGUGAACUGAAAAUAUGUGAUCAAAUCAAUGAAAUUUUGAAAAUUUUUAUUAAAGGGCUAUUUUGCCCUUGUUUCCUAGAAAUCUCUAAUUAUUCUAUUCUACUUGAUUUUUUGUUAAAUUUUUUGUAAUUUCAAGCUUCUAUAUGUUUGAUUUUUUACACCAAUAUAGACAUUAUGAAUUUUAUUAACAUUUAAGUACUAUUAUAGUUUUCUUUUUUAAAAAUAAUGUUAUUAAAUGCUAUUUUACAGUAAUUUGUUAUUUUCGAAAGUUUUAGUUAUACAUAAUUAUAUAUAUUUU